AUGACCACAUCAUCUCCGUCCCCUUCCUCCUCCUCAUCGAUUGUUAUAGUAAUCAUUAUAGUCGCCUCUGCCAUCAUUGUCUCGGCCCCGAUUUACCUUCUUCUUCGUUUAAUUUCAAAGCGCUUCCACCGCUCAUUCCACACCUUUGCCGCUGCAGACGAUGUUGUUCUACGCCAUCACUCAAAUCCGAACUUGAAUCAAUGCCAUGUGGUGUCGAGCAAUCUGCUCGAUUCUCUUCCUCUCUUCACGUUCGGCUCCAUCACUGGAAACCUUACCGGCGAUGAUUCUGCGAGAGCUGUUGCGAAGCCCCUCAUCACCUUCUUCGAUUCCCCAAUAUGGAUACACCAACCGUGCGAGACGGAGACAGGAGAUGGAGAGGCAGAAAUGAAUAGUAUACGAAGCUAUUUCUCCAUGCCUCCGUCCACUUGGACGGAGGCAUGCCGAGUGGACGGAGGCAUAAUUAUCUCCUUGUGGGGAGUCUUUCAUCGAGGGAGUCUUUCAUGGGUGUAA